AUUAUUAUUAUUGUAGAUAUUCAUUUUCAAUAUAAUGGAUUUUUAUUUGGAGUUCUUCUGCUUUCGAUUACAAGGAUAAUUGAGGGCAGACAUCUUGAGGGUGCUAUCUGGUUUUCUAUUCUACUCAAUCUAAAGCACAUAUUCUUAUACAUAUCUCCAGCAUAUUUCAUUUAUUUAUUGAAGCACUAUUGCUUUACAAAGUCUGAUGACCAGCACAAAAAAGUUGAGACUCCUUUGUUACGUCAGUUCAGAGUUGACAGGUUUCUACUCUUAGGCACUCUUGUCUUAACAGUAUUUAUAUUGUCAUUUGGACCAUUUGUUACUAUGGGUCAGUUAGGUCAAGUGUUGAGCAGGUUGUUUCCAUUCAAGAGAGGAUUGUGUCACGCAUAUUGGGCCCCAAACUUCUGGGCACUGUAUAAUGUGAUUGACAAGACACUUGCUAUAAUAGCCACUAGAUUAGGUUAUACUCUGUCCAUUACUGGUAGCAUGACAAGUGGUUUAGUUGGUGAAAUGUCUCACCAAGUCCUACCAUCAGUUCCACCAAUAGUAACUCUAAUAUUGACACUCCUAACAAUGAUUCCUCCACUGCUCAAAUUGUGGUUCUCUAAAUCCUCCAGUCAAGAUUUCAUUAAAGUGAUUGUGUUGUGUGCCUACUCAUCUUUCUUGUUUGGUUGGCAUGUGCAUGAGAAAGCAGUUCUAAUGAUAACAAUACCAAUGAGUUUGCUGGCAUUAGAAGACAAGAAAUUCACAAGGAUAUAUCUACUACUAUCAGCUAUUGGUCACAUCUCACUUUUCCCUUUGCUUUAUACUGCAGCAGAGACACUAAUCAAAGUCUGUUUGUAUGCUUUAUUCACAAUCAGCUCAUUCUUUGCCCUCCCACUCUUAACCCUUGAUAAUGCAAAAGAAGACAAGAAAAAGACAAGUAAACCUAAUCCUACACACUCCUGGCUCUUGUCAUUUCCUGCCCUAUCCACUACUGAUAGUUUAUUACUAUCAGUUGUAUUGUUAUUUCAGAUAUUUUGUUUGUGUGGGUCUUUUGUAAAAUUUCGUUUUCUUCCUCUUCUCCUUACAUCAGUGACAUGCUCUGUUGGAAUUCAUUGGACAUGGAUACUGACAUUGUAUACCUAUUUGUUUAACUAAUAAAAUGAAAUACAAGGGUAAA